AUGGCCAACAUCUUCCGCAGAGUCAAAGAUGUCAUGAGUGGGCGUCUAAAUGAUCCCAACGACACCGCUCAAUACGAUGACGGUGACAAGCGUACUUACAAUGAUAGCGCAAGUGGUAACGAUUUCGGGUCUGGUGUCCACGAUGCUCUUCCUGGUUCUGGUAACAGUAGGCCGAACGUUGGUGAGCCCGAGAUCGACAGGAACGAACAGCCUCCUUCUUCCGCAAAGGAACACCGUGGCUCGCGAGGCUAUUAUGGGUCAAAUUCGAGCAGUGAAAAUUAUGCAACCACUACAAAUGAUUACAGAGGUCCCACCAGCUAA